AGUAAAUACAGUGACCCUACAAUUCUAUUGCCACUAGCAUACACACGCACACGCAGUACUAAUUUUUUUAUUUUACUUGAGUCUCAAUAAAAUUAUAUACAUCUUAUUAUUUUUUUUUGUUGACGUUGUCUAUACUGUGCACGUUGUGAAUUUAUUUUUAAUAACGGCCAUUGUUUGUUUGGAAAAGUUCCACUACUUUGCAGCCGUGGACAUGACUUAGUGGUGAUUGUUGUUGUUUUCACAGAGACUUAACAAAGUGCAAGUUACUGUAAUAAUUUAUUGUUAAGAACGCAUUUUAAAUUCUGUUUGAUUUGUUCAAGAACUUUUUACUCAGCCUGAUAAAUAAGUCGAGAAUUUAUGAUUGACCGAAUAAUGAAGCAAAGUAGUAGUAAAUUGUGCGUCUGGUUUUCGGGAAUUUUAUUACUUAACAUCUUGACAGCCGAUAUGGUUGCAGCUGGACCAGAACCUGAGUCGGGAAUGGUUUUUUCCGACUCAUUUCCCGAUGACACUGAAAAUUUUGUGUUGGUGCAGAGGCUGAAACAAAUAGCCGAGCUGAAGCAAGAGAUAUUCGAAGACGAGCGCGAGCUGUCCGAGGCUCAGUUAGAAAUCCAGGCGAUGCUCGAAGCAAAGGCACGCAACCAUCGAGUACCUCAUCAUCCCGGACCCUCGGAAUUUUCAAGCGAAGACACCGAAAUUUUGCCCGUCGCGGAGCCGCGAGUGAAUCCAGGACCAACGCACUCGGGUAAGCGGACCAGCUAUAUGGCCCUGUGUCAUUUCAAAAUCUGUAAUAUGGGACGAAAACGACAGUUGUGAAAAAUUCUAAGGGAUUUGUCUCCUCAUCGCGUCCAGUACAGCCCUUGAAACUCUUUUUAAAUUUAUUUGAAAAAAAACGCAUUGACUAUUUAUUCUUACGUUUUAUUUUAAAAAUGUAUUAUCUUGUAAAUUGAAAUUAAUAAUCAUUUAUUUCUCUUGAGAGAUAAGAUAAUUGAUAAAAAAAAAAAUAUUUCUUUUAGUAUUUUACAGUAUGGCUCCACUUGCUAAAUCGAUAAACCGUCUUCUACAAUUUAUUAUAAAUUAUAAUUAAUAAUAAUAAUGAUAAUAAUAAUAAUAAUAAUAAUAAGUCGAAAAUAUUUUAUUACGUAAUGUAAAUUUUUAUUUCUUUAAGUAGCGAGUGCAAGAAGGAUACGAGAGCAAAAUAAUGAAUAUCUUUGAAAUGUAAAAUAUUAACAUUAAUAAUUAACAUAAUAUAUAUGAAAUCUAUACGUACAAAUGCGCGUGCACAAGAAGUUUAUCCUGCUCAAUAAAUAUUUAAAUAAAAAUAACACUCGCAGAGUGUCAAGGGCAAAGUAAACAAGUAAACGUUUUAACAGUAAACAGAAAUAAAGAAAAUAUAAAUUUACAAGUUAAUAAAUAUAGUGGUCCCGUGACCAAUUAUUGCUAGUGAAUGAGAGCGUGGGUGUAAGCAAGUUAUGAAUGGACAUGCGAGAAGAGAAAAAGGCUGCCCUUACCCUUCGCUAAAUUAUUUAUUACUUUCAAUUAUAAUUAUAAUUAUUUCUAUAUAUAUAUUAUAUUUGUAUACUGUGUAGAAUUUAUCUGUUUUAUUUUAGUAUAUUAAUUAUUUAUUGAAAAAGAAAUUAUUUUGUUUUAUUUUACUCUACUGUAAGUUUACUUUAGUACAUAAAUAUAUACAUUUUUUUUAUUAUUAUAUAUAUGUCUU